AAAUAAGAGAGAGAGAGAGAGUAGUUGAAUAUCAGAGUCAGUUAUCAUCUCUCGUCACCUGGAAAUCAAAGAGCUGCCAAGAAAUUAAGAAUGUCGGGAGUCACCAAUCAAGAGGAGGACAAAAAACCCACUGAUCAAUCGGCUCAUAUCAAUCUCAAGGUCAAAGGACAGGAUGGUAACGAGGUUUUCUUCAGGAUUAAGAGGAGCACUCAACUGAAAAAACUUAUGAAUGCGUACUGUGAUCGACAGUCUGUGGAGAUGAAUUCUAUUGCAUUUCUUUUUGAUGGUCGUCGCCUUCGUGGGGAACAGACUCCAGAUGAGUUGGAAAUGGAGGAUGGGGAUGAGAUAGAUGCGAUGCUGCACCAAACAGGUGGUGUUAUUGCCUGAUGUAUGAGUUAUUAAUAUUUUAGGGACAAAAUAUUUGUACUAAGUGACUUAGGAGCUCUGGAUAACAAUGGCUAGAACUGUUUCAUCAAUUUCGCUUGCAGUACAUCUUUUCUAAACAUAGUUUGCUAAAUAGCCUAGUAUUGUAAUAUUGUGUGGAGCUUGGCACUAUUGUUUUAAAAGGUUAGCAAAGUUUAUUUGCUCUGAGGCCUUUGAAUGUGCUA